UUUUUUACUUUGUUAGGGCCGUUUCUGUUAUUCUAUUUUUCCAUGUUUUGAUUCUAGUUGCUGCAUUAAAAUAAUUCAAUUUAAUUAGUUUAUUUCAAUAAUGUGAAAAUGAUUUCCAAGUGGAAAGGAGUCAUAUCAAUCAAAUUUAACCAGGAUCAAAGCUGUUUCACUUGUUGUACCGAAUCUGGUCCACGAGUUUACAACAUAGAUCCAUUGGUGGAGAAAUGUAGAUUCACUGAUGUCGGAAGUAUGUCUCAGUGCGAGAUGCUAUACCGAACUAAUUUACUAGCUAUGGUGGCAGGAGGCUCUUGCCCGAAAUAUGUCGACAAUACCGUAUUAGUUUACGAUGAUAUCAGUAAACAAUUUGUUUUGGAGUUAGUUUUCAAAGUUCCAGUUAAAGCUGUUAGAUUAAGAAGAGAUAAAAUUGUUGUUGCUACUCUUCAUCAAGUAUGUGUAUUUUCAUUUCCUGCUCCGACUCAGCAUCUGUUCACGUUUGAAACUCGUUUGAAUAAACAUGGCCUGUGUGAAGUCAGUCCAUUACUGACAGCUGAUCGGCACUUGGUUGCUUUCCCUGCUCACAAAGUAGGUAGUGUUCAGCUGGUGGAUUUAUGCAGUACUGAUGUGGGAUCAUCUAGUGCUCCUGUUACUAUAAAUGCCCAUCAAACGGAGUUGGUAUGUUUGGCUAUUAACCAAAAAGGUACUAUGCUGGCAACAGCCAGUUCCAAAGGAACUUUAAUCAGAGUAUGGGAUACUAGCAAAAGACAUUUGCUACAUGAGCUUAGACGAGGUUCUGAUCAGGCUUUGCUUUAUUGUAUCAAUUUCAGUCAAAGUUCAGAUUUUUUAUGUUGCGCCAGUGAUAAAGGAACCGUCCACAUUUUUGCUCUCAAAGAUCCAAAAUUAAAUAAAAAAUCAAGCUUGUCGAAAAUUGGAUUUCUCGGUACAUACGUCGAGUCUCAGUGGGCAUUCGCGAAUUUUACGGUUCUACCAGAAUGUGCCUGUAUUUGCGCAUUCAGUUCGAAAAAUUCAGUUAUUGCAAUAUGUGUUGAUGGAACAUUUCAUAAAUAUGUAUUCAAUACAGACGGGAGCUGCAAUAGAAAUACCUUUGAUGUUUUCCUAGAUGAUUUUCUUGAUGAAGACUGUUAGAUUUUUUUGUGCUUGAGCACAGUGAGAAGUAAUGCAAAUUGUAUUUAUGUGUUUAUAUCAUUGAUCUUGUACUUCGUAAUUAAUAUUUUUAUUCUUAUGUAGCUUAGUGUAAAGUGAUUUUAUAUGUAUUACUUUUUUGAAAUUUUACGUUACGAGUCAUGUCAGUCGAUCUGUGGUAGCUCGUGUCUAUUCAGUUUUACCUUACAUUUGUUUUUACUCUUCAUUCAAUUUUUUUUACGAACAGCUGUAUUUCAUUUCGUUGAUACGUGAUUCAUUUUUGUACAACCAAGUUACCAGAUCGUAUGCCUAAAGUGAUAAUUUUAUUUUUGUAAUACUUUCCGUAAUAAAUAUUUUAAAUACUCGUA